AUGACACCUGAGGAAAGGAGGGCGUACAACCAGCGCCGGGCUGGCCGACGGACUGGCAAGGGCGUGAAAAAGGAGAAGGAGGCCAACGACCUGCUACUCGAGCUCAUGGACGCAGAAGAUGUGAAAAAGAACAAAGUGAAGGCCACGAAUGCACAGAAGGCUGCGGCUGCGCGGGCUAGAUACCAUCAAAAGUCUGCAGAGGAGAAGCGUUUGCUAAACCUGAAGCGCACCGAGGCCUUCCGGCGGAAGCGCAUGGAAGAAGAGCUGACGCUCGCCCUACAAGGAAGCCCGGAAGCCAUGAGCGAAGAGAAACGGGCUCGUAUUAAGAAGAUCAAAGAGGCCAAAGCUCGCCGAUCGGAGCUCUCUCGGAAGCGCUAUCAUAAUAUGUCUGUCGAGGAGCGGAGGGCUUAUAACACGAAGCGCUACAACCGAUUGCGAGCUGAUCAGGCUGCCGACAUGACCCUGUCAUCGAUAGAUUUGGAAUUCCUUCGAAAUCAUGCCGCUGAACAGGGAUUGAGUGAAGCUUACCUAGAGGACAAGAAGCCGGCGAAGGCCAAGCCAAGCCCGAAGAAGCCGACCCCGAGCGCCUCCAGCUCGCGGGAAAACGAGGCUCACCUUCGCCGCAGUGCCCGUCUUCGG